UUCGUGCGUUGUGGUCGUUUGACGAAUUUGGUGUGCUGCGGUAAAAAAUAUUUGCUACUACUACCACAUACUACAACUAUUACUACUACUACUGCUGCUGCUGCUGGUGCUGUUGUGGAAAAAAAGUGUUGCUAGCUCAUUAAAAUUAAACUAAACACAACAAAAGCCCAAUCAACUAAACAACAACAAUAAAAACAACGACACUUAAAAAACAUAAUUUUCUUAGCAAAAUCCUAACAAUUUAUUUUUGCUGCUAUACUACAGAAAAAAAGAGACUUUAAAAAAAGAAAAGAAAAUUAAAAGAAAAAAUAAUAAAUAAAGCAGAUAUUCGUGAAAAACGUGCUCCAGUUUUCUAGAGAACAACAACAACAAUAAAAAAUCAAGGAAAAAUAAACUCUUUUUCAUUUCGUUAAAGGAAAAGAAUCACAAAGGAAUAACAAAAGAAAGAGCGACAAAAGGAAAUAUAAGAAAAAAGAACACGCCAAAGAAGUAGAAGCAGAAUAUUAAAAAGAUUCAAUUAUUGAAACGACAACAACAAGAAUAACAACUGAAACAAGAAAUAUAAUAAUAAUAAUAACAACAAAAACACCUAAACUAAACAAUCUUUAAACUUCCUUUAAACGUACAACAAGAACAACAAUAAAACUACAAAAAGUUUUAUAAAACACAAUCCAUCCAAAAGAGAGAAUAAGGACAACCAACCAACACAAGGCUAAAACAAACAAACAAACACACUCAAAGAAACACGCACUCAAAACUAAAGCAAAACAAGAGAGUGUUUGAGAGAAGAAAGAGAAACAACGUUAAGUAAUAAGAGAUUGAAUUGAGAUUGAAAAAAGCUAUUCAAUUGCGUGAUUGUGUUUUGGUGGUAGUCGUAGGCCAAAAACAUUUUCAAAUAUUAAAAAUUUCUUCGCACAAGAUCCGGUGAUGUGGGACAACCCCCGCAGCGGGAAAUGCAACAACCCCAACGUUACAUACCGUCUGUAUCUGAUCUAUAUGGAACGGACGAGAUAGAACUUCUACUGGACGAAAUACGUGAACUAGAGCCGGUCUGCUGUCAGCUGGACGAUGAACAGGAUUUUGAAAUAGCUGGCAGCAGAGCCGGAGAGCUAUCAUUAUCCUUGGAAUCGCCGCUGGGUACGUGCACGUCGUGGGAUUCCCACGCCAAUUAUAAGCAGCGUACCGCCCAAACGCCACUGCCAUGGGGUGUUGCCCUACACUGUGAUCCGCAACAUUUAAAAACGCCUACAGGGAUUGUGCGAAUACUUUUGGUGUUGUCCUCAGCCGCUUGUCUUGCCUGCGAAUGUUCGGCGGGUACUGUUCAAGUCGGUCUCUUUUUACUGCCACUCAUCGGACGCCUCAGAUUGAUGGUGUUUUGUGCAUUAUUCUCCCUUUUAAUCACAUGUCUCAUGAUAUUUCUUGACGUUUCUCAUAUAGCUCUAAUGUUUCCCUUCAAUUGGACAAAAGUUAAUACAUGGAUGUACCUGAGUAUUGGUUUAAUAUUGAUUUUGAGCUCUACACUUAUUAUGCACAUGGUUCUCUUUGCCGAAGAGUACACCUGGGUGCCAAAAUACACAAAGGACACCUUGUUUACAUCAGCGAUAAUUGGUUAUAUUUGUGCUGUAGAAUCAUUUAUAUUAUCAGGUAUUGCCUCAUGGCCAUGGACACAAUAUCGUCAUGUUCCAGAUGACGGUAGCGACAUGUAUAUUGAGGAUCGUGAGAUGACACCCAUGAGUCCAAUCGAUAGUACUGAUGUGCCGAAUAAUCACCAUCAAUUACCACAACAGCGACCACAAAAUCACAAUAAUUGUAAUAAUAGCGUAACAACGCACAGUGAAACAAAUCACCACAAUCAACAAAAUCGUACAAUAUCAUCACCAACGUCCUAUAAUAAUCAAAAGCCUUAUAUACCUGCCAAAAGACCCAAUGAAUUAAAUAAUCAAAGACCAACACUGGGUCAUACUCAAACAACCCGUAAACCGAAUCAACGUUAUCGUGAGGGUUAUCACUAUCAACCUGUUGCGUCUACGUCCCGCCAGAGUCCCACAUUCGUCUUAGGCGAUGAUAUUGGGGCCGGUCCAUCCACAUCCCGAUCCAAUGAUAAUUCUAGUGCGUGAUAGUUUUUAUUCCUCAUUACAUUAAUUAAUAUUUAAUAAACAAAAGAAAUACAUAAAUUUUUAAAAAACCCAAAUAAAAAAAAAAUAAUUGCAUUGAACAAAUCUUUGGACAAAAACAAAAAAAAUUAAAUGAAAACCAAAAAAAACAACACAUUUUUUUUAAAUCAUAAUGAAAAUAACAAAAAAAAAAAAAAAAAAACAAAUAAUUAGUAACGAUAUUAAGAAAUUGGAAAUUUAAUUGUAAUGAAAAAUUAGUUAAAAUUAAAAAAAGAACAAAAACUGAAAACAAUAAAAUUUAAUUGGAAACUUUAAAAGAAAAUUUAAAUUGUAUUAAGUAUGAAAUGAAUAAAACAAUAAUACCGUUAAAUUUGUAUCUGUGUAAAAUUAAAUAAAAUCAAUAAAGAAACUUUAAAAUGAAAUAUAACUGGAAAUUCAAGAAUUUAAAAUACAUAAACUAAAAAAUGGCAACCAUUGAAUUAAAAGAAAAACAAAAUCCAAACAUAUUUAGAACAAACAAGCAAAAAACUAUAGAUUAUAAUAAAGACAAAAAAAACGAGAAAUAAGAACAAAUAAAAACUACUAAAUAAAAAUAAAUUAAUUAAUAAAUAAAUACAAUACAUAGAUAAAAUGAAAUAAAACAGUACUGAAUAACAAAUUUCGAAAGGAAAAUUUAAGCAAAAAAAAUUUAAAUAUACAUACACAAGCAAACACCUUUUUUCCGUUACAUUAACUAAAACAGACAUUUCUUCUCCCUCUCCCCCCUCCACAAUAUAAGUUUUGUAAUUUUCUAAACAUUUUUAGAAAUUAAUAAAAGCAUAAUAUGGUAUUUGUAAAAAAUUUUUUAUAAAAUCAAAUAAUUUAAAAAUUUGUUUUUUUAAAUAAUCAAAUAAAGUUAAAAAUCACUUCAAUUACAGCAAAAUAAAUUAUGUAACUAACAGUCAACACCAAACUACAACAACAAGGACUUACUGUUAUACAUACAAAAACAUUUAGCGAAAAUGAAAACAAACACAAACAUUUCGUCAAGCAUUGAUGAUCAAUCAAUCUCACUUCCUUCCCCCUUAAAAAAAACACAAACAAACACACGUACAUACGUACAUACAUACUCGUUUGCAUAUUAAGAAUAAUUAAGAGAAACAUACAAAUUUCUUUUUAAGGAUUUUCUUUUUUGGAAUAAUUGUAUUGUAUAGGUACCGUGAGUAUCCAAAUCCUAUCCAGCCAUAGUAAGAGAGUAGUCUAACUAACAACCAACCAACAAACAAACAAACAAACAAACAAAC